UUUGGCUUCAUUUGCCCUCAGGAGGGCGUCGUUCUCCGAGCGUGUUCCGAAAUGGCGGCUUCCGCGGGUGCUCUGCGGGUCUUCAGGCGGGUCGUCGGGGUCCCUUCACGCAGAACGCUGUGGGGAGGAGUGAGCAAGAAGAUGGAAGGCGACCCAGAAGCAGCAGAGCCAGUGAAAGAGGAGCCAGCCCUGGUCUGUCCUCCACCACGAAGCAAAAAAUACCUCCCUCCUGAGGAUCUCCAGUCUCGCCUAGAGUCUCGCAUCAAAGAAAUAUUUGGCUCCUCGGUCUCCAAGGAUUGGCAAAAGGCAUCAUUGGGAGAUAGCCGUUUAAAAUAUCUUCUGUUGGCACAGCUGGCGACAGAUCUAGGCCGUGCUGUCCCUAAUUCCCGGCUCCACCAAAUGAAGACCGCCAGAGAUGUCUUGGCUUUCUACAGCACGCCUGUGAAAGACAUAUCAAAGUUUGAUGAGUUAAGCACGAAGCAGCUGCCCUCAAACCUGAAGAUCCACUGGCAGUACUGAGCUGAUCCGAACUCUUAUCUGUAUAGCAGCAUCACCGUAGGCACAGAUAGGAUUUUGUUUUUAUUUUUACCACAUUUCCAGAGUGGUUUACUUCCUCUUUACAAAUGUUCGGUUGCAAUAGUGACUUGGUAAGAGAGAUGUUCAAGCAUCAGGCUGGUCAUUGUUGAAGGAAAUGGUAAACACUGGACCCCCAUCUCUCUUUCAAUUGGUAACCUUGUAUUGUUUGAAAGCAAAGAGGAGAAAUAGAUAUCAGCAAGCAGUUGUGCAUGCUAAGCCAUUUUGUCCACAUAAUUUUGUGUGUCAAUAGCUUGAUUUAAAACAAUCAGGAAAGACAGGCAAUGAAGAAAGUGAUGGAAAUAGUCGGUAAGAAAAUAAAAUUGUCGCAACCAGUCUCAGCAACA